AUGCUGACGCUGCUUUUUCAUAAUUUGGGUCUCUCUCCUUUAUGCAACAACCUACUCUAUUGCCGCCUUUUCGUCCGAGCUUUACUCAUUCUCUCUCUAUCUCUCUCUCUCUCUCUUCCACACUACUCAUCCUCGCGACGCCUUUUCGUUUUUACAACUCUUUCAAGCCACUCCACUCACCUUGUGCCACUUUUUCAUGAAAAAAGUUAUUCCUUCUCGUCAUUCGUUGUGACGCCGACUUUUCCUCGUUUUCCGUCACCCAACUCUCCCAAAAGCUGUUUUUUUUUUUUGUCAGAUGGGUUACUCACUUUUCAGUACAAAUUUCCACCUCCUUCAACGUCACAUCAAAUUGUUGACACCACCUUUUUGUCAGUUGUUUUCCUCUCCUUCAACAUAACAACACCUUUUAAGGGCGCUGCCAUUUUGUCAGACAGACACGAAGUUACCGACUUUUCAACAGAUAAGUUUCUCUUCCUCUAG